AUGCCUCCGAAAACUCGCCAGAGCACCCGCCAGGUGUAUCUCCUGCCACUGACCGACGCUGGAGCUCCGGACGUGCCCAACGAGUACAUUUACUUGCCUGCGCCGACCGAGCCUGCGUACUACCUGAGAUUUGCUAUUGAAGGGACCAGCUCGAUAUGUCGUCAUGGGAGUCUCUGGGUCAACUUUCCCUUAGAAGGUCAACCGUUCGACCGCAAGCGGUACCACGAAUUCAAGCUGCACCCAGAUUUCAAUCGGACUCUCGAGAUCGACAUCCCCAUCACUUCCGCCGGCGCAUUCUCAUUUUAUACCACCUACAGCCCUUUGCCGGAGUUUUCUACCGGCGAUGUCAAACCUCCCAAGCCCACCCGUACUCCUACCUACUAUGUUGACAUCGAGCCGAAACUGCGCCUCGGUGGCAGCUGCCUCCCUCUCGAUGCUCUGGGCAUCUUCUCGGUCGUUUCCAAAUUCAUGGGCAAUUACCCUGCGGACUGGAAGAAGCAUUUGAGAGGGAUUAGUGCAAGAGGCUAUAACAUGGUCCACUUUACACCGUUGCAGCAAAGAGGAGAAUCAAACUCGCCGUAUAGCCUGUACGAUCAGCUGGCGUUUGACGCGGAACUUUUUCCCGGCGGUGAAAAGGACCUCGCACGAAUGGUCAAAUCCAUGGAAGAGGAACAUGAACUAUUGGGUCUGACUGAUGUUGUCUUCAAUCACACCGCCAACAACAGCAAAUGGCUCGAGGAACACCCUGAGGCCGGUUACAGCGUGGAUACCGCUCCUUGGUUGGAAUCUGCACUCGACCUAGAUAAUGCUUUACUCGAGUAUAGCGACAAGCUCAAGUCUCUUGGCCUCCCAACUGUCUUCAACAGUGCCGGCGACCUGGACGUGGUCGUCGCGGCCAUAAGGGAGCAUGUUAUCCACAAGAUCCGGCUGUGGGAAUACUUCGUUUGCGAUAUCAAGUCAGACACCCAGGCCGUGGUCGACGCGUGGAAAACAGGCGCCGUCAAAUCACCUCCUGAAGGAUUUGAGAACGCCAUUGGCGGGGGACUUGACACUUUCAAAUCGUGGUCUCUGGCGCAGAAAGCGGCGUUCAUCCUUGACAAAGGCAUGUUGAACAGUCUACGCACUGAUGGCCAGUAUUCGCGUCUUCGGAUCGAUGGGCGAUUUUCGCGCAAGGUUGACCCUGGAGUUGGAGCUGCCAUUCUUACGACUUUGUUCGGACGGUACAAAGAUGGAACGGACACCGAGCCAGCAGAGGAAGAGAUCAAGGCAAUCAUAAACGAGCUCAAUCUCCCCUUCUACAAAGAGUUUGACGCCGACUGCGCCGCAAUCUUAGAGCAGACUAGAGGAAGGCUGCAGUAUACAAGAAUGGACUCGCAUGGCCCAAGACUGGGCCCCAUCACCAAGGAAAAUCCCCUAAUAGAGACAUAUUUCGCUCGGCUACCUCAAAACGAGACGACGGCCAAACAUGACCCAAAGGCGCUCUCACUGGCAGUCAAUGGGUGGAUUUGGGCUGCUGAUGCCAUGAAAGAUAACGCAGGCCCUGAUUGGAGACCAUAUCUAAGAAGAGAACUGAUUCCAUGGAGUGACUGUGUCAAGCUGAGAUACGGCAAAGGCCCUGAAGACAACCCAUAUCUAUGGGAACAUAUGACAAAGUAUGUCCGGUUGAUGGCCAAAUACUUUACCGCUUUUCGAAUCGAUAAUUGCCACUCUACUCCAAUCCAUGUCGCCGAAUACCUUCUGGACGAGGCACGAAAAGUUCAACCGAAUUUGGCGGUGUUCGCUGAGCUGUUUACUGGCAACGAAGAAAUGGAUUACGUGUUUGUCAAGCGCCUUGGGCUGAGUGCUUUGAUUCGCGAAGCUAUGCAAGCUUGGAGCACACAAGAACUGAGCAGGGUCGUGCAUCGGCACUGCGGCAGACCAAUUGGCAGUUUCGAACUCAAUGUACCAUCAAGGCUAGGAAAUAAGCCUGAGAACGAGGUUACCAAUGGCGAUGGCCCUCAAACCCGAGAGGUAGUCAAGCAUAUCAGAGAAUCGCCGGUUCACGCUCUGUUUAUGGAUUGUACUCACGACAAUGAAAUGCCCGCCCAGAAGAGAGAUGCCCGGGACACGUUACCCACGGCUGCGCUUGUGAAUAUGUGCGGCUGUGCAACAGGCAGUGUCAUGGGUUUCGAUGAGAUCUACCCGAAACUUGUCGACCUAGUCCACGAGGAUCGCAAAUACGCAUCAAUCAGCUCCGAAGGUGAAGUUCAUACCGGUGCUGGCGAGGGUGGGAUAGCUGGCGUCAAGAAGCUCAUGAACCAUAUCCACACCAUGAUGGGUAAGGAUGGCUACGAUGAGACCUUUCUUCACCAUGAAGGUGAGCUCAUCACCCUUCACAGAGUGCAUCCGGAUUCGCGAAAAGGGUAUUUCCUCAUCGCUCAUACUGCUUUCCCUGGCUUUGGUAACGGAAAUGGCGGGUUAAGCCCCGUACAUCUUGCUGGAACCAAGGUGCGCCCACUCGGUGCAUGGGUGCUCGAAGUUGAUCAAAGCGAGCAGGCGAAAAAAGAGGCAUUGGGCGACAAGGAAUAUCUCGUUGGUCUACCAUCUCGUGUCAGAAAUAUCAAGGGCAGCACUAUUCAUACUGAAAAUGGUGACACCACGAUCACCAUUGCUGACUUUUUCCCGCCCGGCUCGAUCGCACUCUUUGAGACCUGGGUUCCUUCUGCCGAGCACUCUCUCGGCCUUGGCGCCUUCAUUUCCAGCGGCACAGACGAAGCGUUCGGCGAGCUGGAUCUCAUCGAUCUCAAUUUUGUUCUCUACCGAUGCGAUGCUGAAGAACGGGACACCAGCGAUGGCCAAGACGGGGUCUACAAUAUUCCCAAUUAUGGCCCCUUGGUCUAUGCAGGUCUUCAAGGCUGGUGGAGCGUGAUGGAGCCCAUUGUUCGUCGCAACGACCUGGGUCACCCACUGUGCAACCAUCUUCGGCAAGGACAGUGGGCUCUGGAUUUCUUAGUUGGACGAAUGGAGAGAAUAGCCAAGAAACAAGACUAUGCUCGACUACAGAAGCCUGCGAAAUGGCUGAAAGAACGAUUUGACGCAGUACGAAUUGUUCCGAGCUUUCUUCUGCCGCGGUAUUUUGCCCUCAUCCUCCAGACCGCGUAUGACGCCGCAUUCAAGAGAGCCAUUGAGCUUAUGAGCCCAAACAUUCAACACGGUCAAAACUUCCUGCAGAGCCUAGCCGUGGUGAGCAUUCAACAAACGGGGUAUGUCAAAUCUGCAUCAUUGUGGCCAGACAAGACUGUGCCCUCACUUGCAGCUGGAUUGCCUCACUUUUCAGUAUCAUGGGCUCGUUGCUGGGGACGAGACGUUUUUAUCUCUUUGCGAGGUCUAUUCCUGUGUACUGGUCGGUUCACAGAAGCCAAGGAGCACAUCAAAGCGUUUGGAAGCGUCUUGAAACAUGGCAUGAUACCCAACCUGUUGAGCAGCGGGGCCGCCCCGAGGUACAACUCUCGAGACUCGCCGUGGUUCUUUUUGCAGAACAUCCAAGAUUAUACCAAGAUUGUCCCCGAUGGCUUGUCUAUUCUGCAAGAGAAGGUUCCUCGUCGAUUCAUGCCGUACGAUGACACAUGGUUCCCCUGGGACGAUCCGCGAGCCUAUUCAAAACAAUCUACUGUGGAAGAAAUAAUCCAAGAAAUCCUCCAGCGGCAUGCGUCUGGCUUGUCUUUCCGAGAGCACAAUGCCGGACCUCAACUAGACAUGCAAAUGAGACCGGAAGGAUUUCAGAUCGACGUCCAUGUCGACUGGAAAACUGGCAUCAUUUUUGGAGGUAGCCAAUUCAACUGCGGUACGUGGAUGGACAAGAUGGGUGAGAGUGAACGAGCCGGCAGCAAAGGAAUUCCUGGUACACCUCGGGACGGCGCUGCCGUUGAGAUCACAGGGCUUCUAUACAGUGCGUUGAGAUGGGUUGCCCAGCUCCACCAGGCAGGGAACUAUCAAUGGUCAGGUGUUGAAACUGGCUCGGGCGAGAAGAUCUCGUUCGAGGAGUGGGCUGGUCGGAUCAAAGCCAAUUUCGAAAAAUGUUAUUGGAUUCCCGUGGAUCCCAAGGAUGACAUUGACGACGAUGUGGAUCCCAAGAUUAUCAAUCGUCGGGGAAUCUACAAAGAUCUCUACAAGUCUGGAAAAGAGUACGAGGAUUAUCAGCUGCGACCGAACUUCCCGAUCGCGAUGGUAGUCGCCCCGGAUCUUUUUACGCCAGAACGAGCACUACACGCGUUGAAAGUGGCAGAUGAUGUGCUUCGUGGUCCCACCGGCAUGGCGACUCUGGAUCCGUCUGACUUGAACUACCGGCCGUACUACAACAACUCUGAAGACUCGACGGAUUUCGCAACGUCUAAAGGGAGAAACUAUCAUCAAGGUCCUGAAUGGCUAUGGCCAACCGGCUUUUUCUUGCGCGCAUUACUCUACUUUGACCUGAAGCGGCGGUCAGAUGCUGCAGGGAGAAUGGAGUCCUUCCAGCAAGUCACGAGACGGCUGGCAGGAUGCAAGCAAGCGAUCAAGGAUAGCCCCUGGAAGGGCUUGACAGAAUUAACCAACAAGAACGGGUCAUUCUGUGCUGAUUCGUCCUACUACAUCACCAACCCCAAUGUUGGGAAUAAGGAGUCGACCGAAGACUGGCGAAGCACUGCAGUUCGAGGCUACAACCCCCUCACACCGCCCGAUCUGCUACAACAUGAAAUCCCUCAGACCGCCGCAAGCAAAUCCACGGUCCUUGCAGGCCGCUCCGACUGUGUCGCCGUGGUCCAGGACACGGAUCCCCUGCGCCGCCUCCUGGUGAUAGUCGGCCCAUGCAGCAUCCACGACCCGGUCUCUGCACUGGAAUACUGCGAUCGCUUGCUGAAGAUGAAAGAGAAAUACAAGGACGAACUAGUCAUCGUCAUGAGGUCCUACCUGGAAAAACCGCGAACGACGGUGGGGUGGAAGGGGCUGAUCAACGACCCCGAGAUCGACGGCAGUUUCCUGAUCAACAAAGGGUUGAGACUAUCGAGGCAGUUGUUCGUCGAUUUGACGUCGAAAGGAAUGCCCAUUGCCAGUGAGAUGCUGGAUACGAUUUCUCCUCAGUUCCUGGCCGAUCUUCUGUCUAUCGGUGCCGUCGGCGCUCGGACGACGGAGAGUCAGCUGCACAGGGAACUAGCGUCCGGCCUGAGUUUCCCCGUGGGCUUCAAAAACGGCACGGACGGGACGCUCGGUGUGGCUAUCGAUGCGAUUGGUGCGGUGAAACACCCCCAUCAUUUCCUGUCGGUGACCAAGCCUGGUGUGGUGGCGAUUGUCGGCACCGUGGGAAACGAGGACUGCUUUGUCAUUCUGAGAGGCGGCACCACUGGGACGAACUACGAUGCCGAGUCAAUAAAGCACGCCAAAGAGAUGCUGCGGAAGAAGGGACUUAGCGAGCGAGUCAUGGUGGACUGCAGUCACGGAAACAGCGAGAAGCAGCACAAGAACCAGCCCAAAGUCGCACAGGCUCUGGCAGACCAGAUUGCCGUGGGAGAGGAGGGCAUUAUGGGCGUCAUGAUCGAGAGCCACAUCAAUGAAGGAAACCAAAAAGUCCCACCGGAAGGCAAGGCCGGGUUGAAAUACGGCGUCUCCAUCACGGAUGCCUGCAUAGGAUGGGAAGACACCGAGACCGUACUGGAAACCCUCGCGAACGCUGUCAAGAAACGACGAGAGCUGCUGGGGAAGAAGGAGGCGGCGGCCAAUGGGACCGCGAACGCGGCGGAAUCAAAUGGCCAGAACGGACAUGCUUGA